AUGAACUGCGAAGCACGAGAUUGCGAGAAGACGAGCUGCAAGCCUGUGACGAAGAUGGAAGACACGAAUAACUGAGCACGGAACAUCAGCCAACCUGCGGUCACCAGCCGCGCCGCUGCGACACCGCUUGUCGUCCACCCGUCCAGGUCUCUCCGUCCCAACGCAGUCCAGGCGUCCAGCACUCUGCACUCUAGUCUCCACUCUCCAGCCGUGCCACCGUAGACUUCGGAUUCCCGCCCUCCAACUCCACUGCUCCAAUCUCCACUCUCCAGGUGCAUAAUUGCUGAAAGGGUUUCUAUGGAUGGUCUGAAACAAAGCGAGGCAAAUCUUGUGGUAUAUGUGCACCCAUCAAAGUCCAUGAAUGUCAAGGAUGCUGUCUAUCAUGAACUAAGCUCCAUGCUCUUCAAGUUUGAUGAAGCUUUAGAUGGUGUUGUACUGUCCUACAAAACAAAGUUUGAUAGUAAGCUUGCAAAGAUUCUACCAGGGAUUCACCCAUAUUUUGGUGUGAGAUUUCAAGCACAGCUGUUGCUGUUUUCUCCAAAGCUGAAUAUGCUUUUAGAAGGAGAGGUAGUGAAAGUUUGUCCACAGUCAAUUCACAUAAUUGUUCUUGGAUUUUCAUCUGCUAUUAUAUCAGACGAUGACAUGCAUGGGAAAUUCAAAUAUAAGAUUAAACACAGAGAGGAAGUGUUUGUUAGCAAAUCUCACAAGAGACAUAAGAUUAAAGUUGGAACAAUUGUACGUUUCUCAGUGAAGAGUUUUGAUGAAGAGAUACUACACAUAUGCGGAUCAUUGAAUCUAGCUGGAACUGGAAGUGUUGCUUGGUUGGAACAAAAUACAGCAGAGAUGAUAGAUAGAGGAAGUGAGAGGCCCGUGGAACAAGUGCAGACUGACAAUGGAAGGAUGAUGGGUGAUGAAGAAACGAAUGCACACAGACAUAUGAAGAAAGUGAAGAGAUAACGCAAGUUGGGGUGAGUUGACCUUUUCCCCUUCCUCACAAGUUGGAAUAGUGUUACCAUUGUUUGUCUCUAGAGCAUGGGCGAACUAUUAUAUAUUUUGUGUGCACUAAGUUGCUCAGUUAAUAGAGUUAAAAAGGUAGCUGAAUGAGACAAUGACCCAUUUGGACAUGGGUGUAUAUUAUGCUCUCAUUAAAACAUCGCGUAUUUAUGUAUGGAUAUAUUCAUUUCAUCCUCACUGUAACUUCUUUUGGUUGGAAAUAGGUUUGCUGUUUAAUUAUAAUUACCAUCUUCUUUACGCAG